AUGACCAGCGGCAUCUCCAACGACCGAGACGUGGGAGACAGCAGCACCCACCGCUUCCAUGGCCCUGAGACGUUCGACUCCAACAAGGAAGACUGGAAGCUCUAUCAGAUAAGAUUUCAAGCUUGCUUGGACGUCGCGAAGAUAACCACCGACGUCGACAAGACAAAUUUAUUGAUAUCUUCACUUGGAUCGGCGACGUUUGAGCUGCUAUACACCCUGGUUCAGCUUCAGAAUUUCUCCGAGCUGACGUAUCAAGACCUCGUUUCACGGCUCCAGGAUCACUUCGCUCCGAGGAAAUUCGAGGAGUUCGAGCAAGCCAAGCUAUUUUCGGCGUGUCAAGAGGAAUCGGAGAACGCAAAGGAAUUCCUCGCAAGAUUACGGUCCAUUAUUGCAACUUGCGAAUAUGAGACGGAGACCAACGCCAGGAACUGUUCACUCUUGACGGCAUUCAUUGUUGGCCUUCACGCUUCCCGCAUCCAGGCACGUUUGGUAAUGGAGAAGGGCUUAACGCUAGACACUGCACUGCGGCUGGCCGAGUCUUAUCUCAGGGCUGAAACGGAGUCCCUCCAAUUUAAUCGUCCUGACCAAAAUGCGCAGCACGUCGACAAAGUAAAGCAUCCUGUUUCUACCCCAGCCAAGUGUUUCCGGUGUGGCAACAACAACCACGUACAAUCUACUUGUCGAUAUCGGAAUGAAUCCUGCAACAGCUGCGGCAAGCAAGGCCAUAUUAAUCUACUUGUCGAUAUCGGAAUGAAUUCUGCAGCAGCUGCGGCAAGCAAGGCCAUAUUGCAAAGAUGUGCCACUCCAGCGACCGCACCGAACAACGAGGAAACCGGAAACGGGACGUCAAAACCGUCACGAACGUUUUCGCUACUCGCGAUAGAGACGGCGAAUUUGUCACCUGUCUCCGUCCAAGGAAUCCCCGUUAAUUUGCAAGUGAACACCGGUUCCAAGCUGACACUACAUAACAUUGACACCUGGGAGAAGCUCGGAUGCCCGCCACUCAAGAAAAGUGAGUGCAACCUGUGUUGUUUCAACAACCAUGCGAUUCCUCUCAAGGGACAGUGCGUUCUUAACGUCACACUAGGCCAACAGAUCUCUGCGUUGUAA